GUGAGUGACACGGGGUCCUCCAGGCCCGGUGGGCGGGGCUUGCUCUGACGCCGGGCGCUGGGCGCCGUUAGCGGUUGCGGGCUGUGUGUGAGGCGCGAACUGUAGAAAUCAACCUGAAAUCUGCUUACCUACUUGGAAGUAGCUGGGAAUGACUCCUUUAUUUUAUGCUUCAGUUAAACAAGAGGAAUUAAUUCAGAGUUUGAGUAAAUCUGGUGAAGAAAAAGCUCAUUGUUAUGGGUGAAAUAAAUGAACACUAGGGGAUGCUGCAUUUCUACCAAAGUUAGAAAACAAGUUUGGCUGAAGAGGAAAUAAAGGCAGAGCAGGAGGUGGUGGAGGGGAUGGAUAUCUCCACUCGAUCCAAAGGUUUGUUUGUAUCUGACGUAGAUCCUGGCUCUGCCGAACGCACAGCACAAAAAAGGAAAUUUCCCAGCCCUCCACAUUCCUCUAAUGGCCACUCACCACAAGAUGCAUCAACAAGUCCUAUAAAAAAGAAAAAGAAACCUGGUCUAUUGAACAGUAAUAAUAAAGAGCAGUCAGAACUAAGACAUGGUCCGUUUUACUAUAUGAAGCAGCCACUCACCACAGACCCUGUUGAUGUUGUACCACAGGAUGGACGGAAUGAUUUCUAUUGCUGGGUUUGUCAUCGGGAAGGCCAAGUCCUCUGCUGUGAACUCUGCCCUCGGGUUUAUCAUGCUAAGUGUCUGAAACUGACAGCGGAACCAGAGGGGGAUUGGUUUUGCCCAGAGUGUGAGAAAAUCACAGUUGCAGAAUGCAUAGAAACACAGAGUAAAGCUAUGACAAUGCUCACCACUGAACAGCUAUCGUAUUUGCUGAAGUUUGCACUACAGAAAAUGAAACAGCCAGGGACAGAGCCAUUUCAAAAGCCAGUUUCACUGGAUCAACACCCAGAUUAUGCAGAAUAUAUCUUUCAUCCAAUGGACCUUUGUACGUUAGAGAAGAAUGUUAAAAAGAAAAUGUACGGUUGCACUGAAGCAUUUUUGGCUGAUGCCAAAUGGAUUUUGCACAACUGCAUUAUUUACAAUGGGGGAAAUCACAAAUUGACACAAACAGCAAAAGUCAUCAUCAAAAUCUGUGAGCAUGAGAUGAAUGAAAUUGAAGUAUGUCCGGAAUGUUACUUAGCUGCUUGCCAAAAACGAGAGAAUUGGUUUUGUGAGCCUUGUAGCAAUCCUCACCCUUUGGUCUGGGCUAAACUCAAAGGCUUUCCGUUCUGGCCUGCUAAAGCACUGAGGGAUAAAGAUGGGCAGGUUGAUGCCCGUUUCUUUGGUCAACAUGACAGGGCCUGGGUUCCAAUAAAUAAUUGCUACCUCAUGUCUAAAGAAAUUCCUUUUUCUGUGAAAAAGACGAAAAGCAUCUUCAAUAGUGCAAUGCAAGAAAUGGAGGUUUAUGUCGAUAACAUUCGUAGAAAGUUUGGAGUAUUUAAUUACGCACCUUUCCGGACACCGUAUACUCCCAAUAAUCAAUACCAAAUGUUAUUAGAUCCUGCAAACCCAACUGCCGGGACUGCAAAGACAGACAAGCAAGAGAAAAUCAAACUGAACUUUGAUAUGACAGCGUCGCCGAAGAUUCUGAUGAGCAAGCCUAUGCUGAGCAGUAGCACGGGACGUAGGAUUUCGUUGACAGACAUGCCACGGUCACCGAUGAGUACGAAUUCAUCAGUUCACACCGGGUCUGAUGUAGAACAGGAUGCGGAGAAAAAGGCAACUUCCAGUCAUUUCAGUGCUAGUGAAGAAUCCAUGGAUUUUAUUGAGAAAAAUACAGCUUCUCCUGCACCAACAAGAACAGGUCAAGCAGGGAGCCUGUCUGGCAGUCCCAAGCCCUUCUCUCCUCAAGCGUCAACGCCAAUUUCUGCUAAGCAAGAAAGAACUGCCACUCCAGGGAGCAUUCUGAAUCUGAAUCUUGAUCGAAGCAAAGCUGAGAUGGAUCUGAAAGAGCUGAGCGAGUCAGUCCAGCAGCAGUCCACUCCUGUGCCACUCAUUUCACCAAAGCGGCAGAUACGCAGUAGGUUCCAGCUUAAUCUUGACAAGACGAUAGAGAGUUGUAAAGCACAACUUGGAAUAAACGAAAUAUCUGAAGCUGUUUAUACUGCAGUAGAACACAGUGACUCUGAAGAUUCUGAAAAAUCUGACACCAGUGACAGUGAAUAUAGUGAUGAGGAUCAGAAAUCAAAGAAUGAUCAAGAAGAUGGAGAGGAUAAGGAAGGUACAAGAAGUGACAAAGAAUCACUGAGCUUGAAAAAAAAACCUAAGCCCCCAGCACCGAAUGAAGAUAAGGAGGAACUUAAAAGCACCAGUCCAGAAGUGGAGAAAACGGACGACCCAGUCAAAGAAAAGGCAAUUACAGACACUGAGAAAGAAUUUUCUGAAAAGGGAAAAAGUUUGCAGCAUCCUGCAAAAGAAAAACUGAAAGGUAAAGAUGAAACAGACUCUCCAACAGUGCAUCUGGGACUGGACUCUGAUUCUGAGAGUGAACUUGUCAUCGAUCUGGGAGAUGAUCAUUGUGGGCGUGAAGGACGGAAAAACAAGAAAGAAUCAAAGGAACCUCCUCCUAAGCAAGAUGUUGUAGGUAAAACUCCACCUUCUUCCAGUGCAAGCACUCAAGCUCUACCAGAAACUCCAGUUCUCACCCGCUCUGCAUCCCAGACUCCACCAGCUGGUGUGACAGCAACUACUAGUGCUACUUCUACUGUUAGUGCUCCAUCUGCAGCCACUGGAAGCCCUGUGAAAAAGCAGAGGCCUCUGCUGCCAAAGGAAACUGCCCCCGCUGUGCAGCGAGUAGUGUGGAAUUCUUCAAAUAAAUUUCAGACAUCUUCUCAGAAAUGGCACAUGCAGAAGGUGCAGAGGCAGCAGCAACAGCAGCAGAACCAGCAGUCUCAGUCACAGCAACCUCAGUCCUCUCAAGGGACAAGAUAUCAGACAAGACAAGCAGUUAAAGCUGUGCAGCAGAAAGAGAUCACCCAGAGCACUUCCACAUCAACUAUAACCUUGGUCACAAGUACUCAACCUAUUUCUAUGGUGACGAGCUCUGGAUCUGCAAAUACGCUUUCUUCCUCAGUUAACACAGACUUGCCAAUUGCAACAGCUUCAGCUGAUGUGGCUGCAGAUAUUGCUAAAUACACUAGCAAAAUGAUGGAUGCCAUCAAAGGAACAAUGACUGAAAUAUAUAACGAUCUGUCAAAAAAUACCACUGGAAGUACAAUAGCUGAGAUUCGACGUUUGAGGAUUGAGAUAGAAAAACUUCAGUGGUUACAUCAACAGGAACUCUCAGAAAUGAAGCAUAAUCUAGAACUGACAAUGGCUGAAAUGCGUCAGAGUCUAGAACAAGAACGAGAUCGUUUGAUUGCUGAAGUGAAGAAGCAGCUGGAAAUGGAAAAGCAGCAAGCAGUGGAUGAAACUAAAAAGAAGCAGUGGUGUGCCAACUGCAAGAAAGAGGCCAUUUUCUAUUGCUGCUGGAAUACUAGCUACUGUGACUAUCCCUGCCAACAAGCUCACUGGCCCGAGCAUAUGAAAUCUUGUACACAGUCAGCUACUGCAACGCAGCAAGAAACCGAUACUGAAAUUAGCACAGAAACAUUAAAUAAAUCAUCCCAGCCCAGUUCAAGUGUGCAGCCUACACCCACGGAAACAGCCAGCACCCCCAAGGAAAAGGACGUUUCAACUGAUAAAAGCAAAGAAAGCGUUACAAUAGCAACAGGUGUGACAAGCAACCAGCCUAUAAAACUGGUCCAGGUACCGCAGACCACCACCUAUAUUCCAACUACUCAACCCACAAUUGUAAGUACAAUAUCAUCAUUUAAAGUCUGCAGUAGUACUGUUCCUGGCAUUAAAAUUGCACAGUAUUUCUGGGGGGUUGUCUCCAUUUGCUGUUCUAUCAAGAUAUGAAUUCACUGGUGUAGUUUCAGCUUGCAGUGCAAAAUGUCCUAUUUUGCUGUGCAACAUUCCACCCUUCCAUUUCAUCACUGAUUAUUACAAGGAUUCAGGAGCUCUCGUUAAGAACAGCUAUGGCACUGAGGAUAGUCAGACUUCCAUUUUACAUUAUUGUGUUAGUUAUUUGUCUGUUCCAUGUAUAUACUUGAACACAUCAAUGUAAAUAUAUAGAAUUCAUUUAAAGUAUCUUUUAAAUAUCUUUUUGUCUAUGGUAUCCUAAAGAGAUUUAAUGAAUUCUGAGCUAUGCUUGAUAUUCCCGUGACAUCUCAGUAACUACAAAAGAAAAAUAUGCAUUCAUCAAUAGUGUAUCUCCCACGCAGUCUUGCACAUUAGCGCUGUGAAACUGAGAGAUAGCAUUGAAUUCAGACCUGUUUUUUUCCAUUGAAAACUCAACCAAGGACCUUGAAUCCCCUUUUGUCAGUCACUGGAGAUGGGAUGGCAGUGAGCUUGUUUUUUAUAUUUUGUGUACCGUAACGUCACGUUCUUUCAACUGGUCAUGUUCUGCAGUGUUCACUUCAGAGUCAGCAUGGCACCUGAGCUGACUUCUUACCAAAAAGAAAAAUGCUGAUACUGCACUGGUAACUGAACUGCAUGCCUUGUCUGAAGCAGUGGGCUCAGCUGACAAGCCCAUGUUUAGGUAACUUCAGUUAAUUUUCUGACUGAAGCUGGAUAAUAGAAAUUCAAUUUUAAUAUUGUGACUGUGAGGCCUAAUUAGCUAAGUUACUCUGUCUUUCUUUUGCUUUGUGUACACACACGGAUAUGCAUGCACCCACAUUAGCUGCAAUGUACACACACCUGUGUGUAUGAAUAGUGCACCUCCACACAUAUGUACAGUGUUUCAUAGUUAUCACACUCAACAGAAAAAAAUAUAUUGCUCAUAGUGUAUAUCAUGACUUGUCACAUUCCUAAGCAUUUUUACUCUACUCAUUUGUCUCGACUGAGCACAGUGCACCUUUGCAGGAUUGGCCCUAAGUUAUUUGAACUGAAUUGCCAUAACAAGGUUUUGUGUGUUUGAAAUCAAAUAGCGAGCAUCAAAGAAGUUAGGCUCUCUUGUGAAUAGUUGAGAGGUUCUAAGAUCCUACGGUGGUUUCAUGUAAUAUUCAGCAAAAUGGCAGUAUCCUUCAUCAGUUUUCUGUAAUACAAAAUACGUUGAGUUAUGUGAAGCGUAAGUGGAACGUCUGAAGGUUUCAACCUUUAUUUGUGCAUGUUUAAAACUUUGUACACAUUUGCAUUAGUCUUGCACAGCUACAGACACCUCUGUAUUCUAAUGAUUGCACGUGCAAUUUAAAUAAUUUUAAACCUUAAUGCAUGUUUGAUAUGUAUGCAAAAUGUACAUAUGUGAAAAGCUGGCAGAGGUGGAAAAUUUACCUCUCAGGGAAUGAUCCUAACACAUUUAAGGAGUCUUGCACAUUCCAUAUCCCGAUCACUCUAAUAACUGAAACUUAUUUUUUUCAUUUGCGUAAGCGUGUGUAUAUGUGAGAGACAGCUGUGGCAACGUUAACUUUCCCACCUGUAGUGCUAACAGUGACGUACAUAAUGGCUUCUUUAGAGUUCAGUUUGCACUUUGUUUCCAACUAGGCAUUUCCUCCCUCUGAACAACUUUCAGUGUAUCUUCUGGGUGCCAUUUCCACUGAACCCUCUUAACGCAUCUAAAAUCAUUAUCAAAUGACAAUAACCCUAAAUUUAUGCAGAACAUUAAUUUCACGUUUGGUUUUUAUUCUUUCUCCAGUUAAAAUGUACAAAUUUCAAUUCAUUAUCUUUGCAUUCCAGGGAAUGGAAUGAGUAGGCUUCUGGAAGGCAUAGAUUUUGUCACAAAGGAGCUGAUCAACACUAGGCUGUAAUGCAUCUCAGUAGGGACGUUCACAGUCUUUGCUGAACGCCAUCAAGACACUAACGUGGUUUCUUAAAAUGAUGGGGGGAAACAUUGGGCUUCAGUGAAGUUGUGUGCUCUUCUUCCAUGUUCGCUUUGGAAGCUGACACUAACCUUAAGGGGAAGUCCUGGGCAUCCCUUUCAGAUCUCUCAAAUUCUCACUCCUUGUUUCUUCCACAAAACGUUGUGAACUGAAAUGGAUGCGUUUGUUUGACCACCAGUUGUCCAUCACUGGAGUUGUAUCAAAGCCUACUUGCAGUUUGUGUGGCAUAAGCGUUUCUAAACUUUCUCACGUUUUUGUAGGAAGGUUAAGAUGCAGACUUAAGAUUCAAUAAAUCCUUUUCCAGAUCUUCUAGAGUGAUGUGACAUUGACCAGAUUGUUUAACAUUCUUGUGCCUUUGUCUCUGCAUCUGUAGAAUCCAUUUCUACCCAUAGAGAUGUCCUGAAACUUCAUUUGUUAAGAUUUAUAGAUCAUAAUCUGUAUGAUGGAAGUGAAAAGUUUAUUCUAUAUUAGUAUUUUUACAGGGAGUGUAAGACAAUUCCCAGUAAUGCUGAUGUUUUUGUUACCAAUUUGUGCAAAAGUUUAAGUACUUUUUGUUUAAAUGGAUGUUCUUUGUUCUCUUCUGUGUAGACUGAAUGCAUGGGGGAGCUCCUUUGUUGGGGGGUGGGGGGAAGAUUUAAGGGAUAUACUUAUAAACAAGGGUAUUUUUGUACUCGAGUUUGAUUUGUCAGAACUUUUUCAGAUGACAAAGGAUUUUCUUAGCCCUUUUUCCUCUUCCUGUGAAUUUAUUUGGGGAAAAUACAUAACUGGAUGUAGUAGCUUUGAAAACCUAAUUCUCCAAGCAUAGGUAGAGUGUGUACAUUACCUAUAGGAACAACUGGUCCCAGUAAUUAUAAAGUAGUAAUAAUACAGAAAAAAAACCCUCUUGGCUAUAGGAAAGUAAUAUACUACUUUCUGCCUUGGAGUGAGGUAAUAUUGCGGUAAUAAAGGUAUUAAUUCUUGCACAAAAUUGGAGCUUGUUCUGGAUUUUCCCUGGACAAUAAAUCUCUGUUUCUGUGGUCAUGUUUAUAUGACCUCUAACAUAACAAUAUGUUUCUCUUGGUUUUAAUCCACAGACCAUUCCUGUAGUGGUAAGUCCUUCUGCUGGGACAGUGGCAAUGAGAACUGGAGUUCAGUAUGUUCAGACCACAAUGCCAGUCCAAGUACGAAGAGUCUAACUGCUUACAAGAAGUCCAUACAAUUGUUGGAAUAUAUAAAUCUAAUAGAAAUGUGAAAAAUAAACACAGUUCUUGGAUUAACCUCAAAGGUUCAGACUUAAGCUUUGUAUAAAUGUACAAAGCAUUAACUACACUACAUUAAUGUAAAGCAUUAGCGCUGGCUUAGAAAAGCUGAGGACAGGUAAGAUCCGUGUUAAAUCUAUGCCUCUUUUGUAAAUAAUGUACAAUUUGUGGAUGUCAUUAGAGUACCAUCUCCUUUUUAUAUUUGUAUUGACUUUAACUUAUAAAGAGCGUUUGAAGUUGGAAAAGAAAGGUUUAAAACAGCCUUAUCACAAGCUAACACUGAAAACUGGUCUCGGAAAAUGGCAGUUACACAUCAAAUAAUAUCACCUGAAGAAUCUGAACAACUUGAUUUGCAUUUGGAUGAGAACAAUUUCUGCACUUUGAAACUCUUGUAGAAUUUCAACCAAAUGAUGAAGGGUACCUUUUUUUCUGUUAAUUGCAUUAGGCCAAUUACGACAUUUCCAAUCUGUGGACCUGAAAUACAGAAAGAUUUACAUUGUUUUUUACAGUGACUAGACUGUUAAAAUUGUUUACAAGAAACAAGUCAAAAUUCUAUUCAGCUUGAUAUCUGAAAAGUUGGAAAGUGUAACACCAGCUUGUUGGUAGCACGAUUUCUUAUCAUAGAUAUCACAGAUGAGAGGGUUUUUUUUCUUGUUCUUCACAGUUCAAUUUUCUUCCUUUUAUUCUUUAUUUUUUUUUUUAUUUUAAUCCUCUAAAAAGGACUUUGAGAAGCUUUUCCAAUGGAACAAGAGCUAGGGUGUGGAGAAAAACAUGGAUCAGGAAACAUGGGCAAAGGACUUCUGAUGCUGGGCCAGAGCAUGUAUUAUUUAUAUGAUGGAAUUUAUGUUUUUAUGUAAGCAUGAAACAGUACAGUAUGAGAGAAAGUAACCCAUGAAAAUGCUGUCUGUUACACUUAUACUGUAGUACCAUUUUGUAUGUUGUGUAAAACGAAAGCAUUGAACAAAGCAAAGGUGAUGUAUGUAUAUGAGAAAAUUAAUUGUAUGAUAUCAUUCCAGUACAUUCUGUUGUACAUUUCAGUCAUGUUGAUUUUUCCCAUUGUUUAUAAAAGAAUGCGGUUUGUACAGUCUCCAGCUAGUGCCCAUAUUAGAGGGGGAAAAAGUAUUAGAAGAAAAAGGUGAGAACAGAAUAUUCGUGAAUUGCAGUUGUGUCAAAAAUAGCCUAGCUGGCCUUAUUUGUGAAGCAUAAUUGCUUUUAGCAUAUGGAAGUAUUUUUUCACAUUUUCUUUGUAUAAAAUUUGUAUUAAACUUAAAUAUCUUUUUUGAAAAUUGUGUUUCUUUGUGACUAAGACAGGUGACACAUGGUAUGCUUUGGGUUUCUCCAGUGUUUCAAGAAACUUCACGGCUUUUUAUUAAACGGUUUUAGAAAAGUG